CCCCAGGAGAGCGGGCGAAGAACGCGGCACAACGUAGAGCCAGUAAGAGCCAACAUGCCGUUCGUGCCAGAAGUGUUCGUUGCUGUCGUCCUCAUCCGUCUGGUACCGGUUUAAAAACGUGUCGGAACAAAGUCCUCGGGCGUUUGUCUCGCCUCGACACGCACACUUCGUGCCUGUUCUUUUGCAAAGAAACACGAAUUGUCGCGUGUUCGCGUCGAAAUAAUCGUUGUCGCGCGAAAUCGUAUUCUCGGUGACACUUGUGAGCGGCAUAGUGAGAACCUCGAUAUACAUAAAACGAAUCGUGGCUCGUUCUCCAUUCGCUAUCAUUUCUCGAACGUUUCAUCCGUGUCUGUUGCACCUAUCCAUUUUUAUUUUCCGUUGUCUCUGUCUUUUUCUAUCGUCUCUUAUUUCAUCUCCGUCGUUUUUCCAUACCCCCUCUCUCUGUUCGUCUUUCCGUCAUCGUCUCGUCUCGUCGGUCGCGCGAGACAGACGGGACUCGAAGCGCACGGAUUUAUAUUCGUGUAGCGCAGGAGAGUUUUAGCCGCUUCGUAAAUAUGGCGUGUGAACAACGGUGGUGCUUUAACCGUGGCUGUGACGGAGCUAACCGACGAUGGCUGUACAUCCUGUUGCUGGCCUUCUGCGUACUACAGCAUCUCGAAUCGAGCGUUGCGGACAACAAGCUCAAUCGAUAUUACUACGAGCUUGGACGAUCCGGAGGACAAUCGCGCUACGACAAUGGACCGGUUGAGUUUUCUUUCGUGUCUAUGGAGGAUCUGGUGGAAGAUGCACAGCAAUACGAUAGACGUCGUAGGGAUACGAACGAGAAGCCUCUUCUUACGACCGAACAGCCGCCGCAAGAACAACAGCAACAACCGCAAGAACAAUCGCAACAGCCACAGUCACAGCAACCGGUGCAACAGCCGAAGAUUACGAGGAAACGUCCAAAAGUGAUGAUAGAAAUGGGAAAGGCAUCCCCGAACGUUUCGACGGCGAUGGAACCGACGACUGAAGCGGUCGCUACAUCGUCUGCGUCUUCUACGCCUUGGAUGGUUAAACAGGAACCCGCGACGACGCAGAAACCAUCGGAUGCUGCUUCUCCGACCGAGGAAUCGGUUUACUACACUAAGAACAUGAAGUUCGCGAUGACCGAAACAGCGGAGGUCAAGAAUUUGAUGAACGUGACGGAAUCCUCUGUGGCAUUGUCUACGGUCGAGAAGGAUGAUUCCGAUAGCACCGUUGGAGAUAUAUCUAUCAGCAAGUUUUCCGAUGUGACGAACAAGACGUUGUCUCAACACAACAUCACCAAAACCGAAGUGGACACGCAUCAGUAUUACAACAGCACGUUCAUAAUCGACGAGGCCGUGGGCAGAAGGUACUGGGUGGACAUCGACAAUCAUCCAGAACUGAAAAUUAAUAAUUUGCUCAGUCAGAGUCAUCGUCGAGCCGCGACGGUCAAAUUGAAAUUCGACUUUCCGUUUUACGGCCACAAAGUUCGUAACAUUACUAUAGCUACUGGUGGCUUCCUGUAUACCGGCGAAUAUGUUCAUAGCUGGCUCGCCGCUACUCAAUACAUAGCUCCAUUGAUGGCGAAUUUUGAUACUCGUUUGUCGAACGAGAGCUUUGUAAAAUAUGCCGACAAUGGAACUGCAUUUACGGUUGUGUGGGAAAAGGUAGUUUUGCAAGACAAACCGGAAGCCGGUGCCUUUACUUUCCAAGUGACAUUGCAUCAAAAUGGUGACAUUGUGUUCGUGUAUUCGAUGAUUCCACUGAUGGUUGAAUUAAUAGAAGAUACAGCGCAUCCUGUUAAAGUUGGUCUCAGCGAUGCUUACAUCAUGGACAGAAUAGUAUUCUUCGUUCGCAGAAAAACAAUUUAUGAAUACCAUCGCGUGAACUUCAACCGACAGGAUAUUAAAAAUUGGACAGUAAUUUAUUUGAACGCGUUGCCCACAUGCUUAGAAAUGGACAAUUGCAAAGAUUGUCUAACGAAAUUAAAAGAUUUUGAAUGCAAAUGGUGUUCAGAACUGAAUCAGUGCAGCACUGGAACAUUUAGGUCAAGACAGGAUUGGCUGUUGAAAGGUUGUGACGUUAGAAAAAUAAAAGAUGUUAAUAAUUGUCCAUCUCCUACUACGACGUAUAAGGAACACGAAGAAGAUUUCAAUCAUGUUGUACAUGUACACUCGGAGAAAACUGUCAGCAGUGAAUCUAUGAACGCGAAGCCAGAGAAACCUGGAACGAGUCCUCUAGAACGUUCUCGGGACAACAUGAACAUGGGAGUUUCUGGAAUCAUUGGAAUUCUCCUAGUAAUUGCUUUAGUCGUAGGACUAGCAGCUUGGGCUGCAUACGCUUAUCGUAAUCCUCACAGUGCAUCUGGACAAAUGUUGAUCAGGUACCGACCAAGUCAGUGGAGUUGGCGAAGAGGAGAAGCACGCUACACGGCAGCAACGAUUCACAUGUGAUGACAUACGAUCGAAACGCAGUCAACAGUUUGUAGAAAAACUGUCGGACCAAAUUUUUCCUACUAAAUAUAUUAACUGCACCAAGUCUGCGAGUCUAUGUACGGAACCGUUUGUGCCUGUAAUGACGUAUGUGUCGCUCUGUUAAUUGCCACACAUCAACAUCUAAUAUCUAUUUUUUGAUACGUGUAAAUCAGCAUUUGAACUGCAAUAAGCACGAUUAUGAUACAUAUCGUAAAUACUUGUAAUUCGUUUUUUAAAUUUUUAGAAAAAACUUUUUAAAAUGAAGACUUCGUCGCUUAAGCGGACUCAAGAAUACUUUUUUAGAUUUUAUAUCUUGAUAAAUUUUGUACAGUAAAAUUAUUAUAGGAACGCGCGGAAGAAAGAUUUAUUAUAUCGUCGUAAAAAAAGAAAUACUAAUCUGAUCUUUGCUAUGCAUAAUUUUUUGUAGUACAUAUUGCAACAUUUUGAAUAAAACGUUUUCAGAGCGAAUAAUAAAAGGUAAGAGACAAACGGAUACCGGUAUUAUUUAAUUGACUUUACGAAAACAUUCGAUGCGUUUUCCAAGUCAAAGUAACCGUAUUGUCGAAAGUCGGGCGAAAGAUUUUUAGCCUGGAUAUCGAGCGUUUAUGUGAUUUUAGUAUCAAGUGGUAUACCUUGUUAUUGUUUAAGAAUUCGUUUUUUUUUAUCGUUAUACGAUCUACAAUCAUUGUUUAUAAAUAAAUAAAUAUAUAUAUAUAUAAAUAUAUAUGUAUGUAUAAUCUCAGCGGCGUAAAGAGCAAUAUUUUAAAGAAAUCAUUUAAACGAUCAAGUGCAUAUCUAGCCUGUGGAAACUACAGUUCAGAUAAUACUGAUAAAUCUGAUAACAAAAUUGAAUAGUACUACUUGAAAAAGAAAAUAGUUACAUUUUAUAUCGUGUUUACUUCUUAUUAUUAGGAACACAUUCCAAAACUUGCGGUUCCAACAAGUACGAAAAAUUGCUAUGUGCCAACUGUAGUUUCAUUAAAAAAAUUUUGAACAUGUAUAUACUUAUAUGUGCAUAUGCUUCAGUAAUAUGCGUGUAUGUAUAUACACAUAUAUAUGCAUAUAUAUAUACAUAUAUAUAUACAUGGAAUGUAUAAGUAAUUAUAUAAAUAUAUAUUUUAUGAAAAAAUGUUUAAAAAACGUGAGCACCUUAACUUGUAGUAACACGCAUAAGAAGACAAUGAAAAACUCAUACGUAUUGAUAACAUUAGAUCAUCAGUGUAUAUAGUAGUAUGUUAAAGCAAUAUAAUUUUUAUAUGAUCGUAAAUGUAAUUAAUAUCAGAAGGUGCCUUUGAUCACAUUUUUGAUCCAUUUAUUGGCAACAGAAUAUAUAUAUAUAUAUACAUAUAGAUUAAGUAUUUUACUCGUAUUGCAACUUGAAGUCAACGUAAAUUUGUAUGUUUAAACGACAAACAUUUUAUCGGGUUAAGAUAACGUUAAUUACAGACUUCUGUGUUCUGUCGAUCGUGCAUGUAUUUCAUGCAGCAAACUUUUUAGGCAUCGUGUGAUUCUGUAAUUAAUUUGUGAAAAUGAUAUAAAAUUAUUUACGGAAAAGGAAGCAACUAUAAAAAUCAUGAUUAAUUUUCUUACAUUACUGUGUACGAUUUAACUCAUAGUUUGUGAUAAUAAACAUUACAGUUAUUACAA